AUGGCCUUUGUCGGCUCUCAGUUAAACUCAUCAUAUUUCAGGCUUAUGCUACCUGAUCGUAUGCACUGUGAUGUUCCAUUUACCGAGGCUUUAAUUUAUCCACUUUACAAGAAUACGGAACGGUAUGAACAAUGCUUAAAUGCCGCUUUCUUGACAGCUAGCAUAAGUGAAGAUCGUUUCUGCUUUAUGCUUGAACCAGGCGAGGAUGCACGAACCCUUGAACUUGUUGUUCCUGUGUUGCCUUCGUCACUUGUUGGUUUUAAUUCUCCUCGUACAAAUCGACUUCUUUUGUUCGCCGCUCUAAGAGCUUAUUUGAAAAACAAAUACACUUAUGCCAAUAAGAGUUAUCUUAAGGAGAUUAAACUUAUGAGAAAUUUUAUGGCAGCAAACGAAACGUCGAAGGCUUUAAAUUUCGAAUCCCAACGUCAAGUCGAUACCAUUUUGGCUUCAAACAUUUCAGUAACGCAGUUUCUAAAAUCUCUCAUUGCUGAACCUGAAAUACGCUGUCUUUGGGCUUUUGUUAAAGGUAAAUCUGGAGAUGUGUAUAGACUACGUAUUUGCGAUACUGAACUGGCCUUAUUCAAGGAGACGGGUUAUGAUCCAGCUAUUAAAGUUUGGCCAUGGCAGGAAAUUGGAGUACCAAAGUCUACAAAGAAGGAAAUUCGUAUGCCUUGGUUGAUUACAGAUGAUCGGCCCCAACUCUCUGACCUUCUACUUGACGUAUUAAAUUCGAAAAGACCGGAGAAUUUAAAUGACGCCAAGCGUCGAAGAUUAAGCCGAGCAGACUCUAUACCAACAUCAAUAGUUUUUGAAGCUAAGUACCAUUAUACAAUCACUGUCUUCGCUGAGGAUAGCAAUUCUGCUAAUAAAUUGGUCUAUCAAAUUCUUUCCGUUCGUGCAAUGGCUUUGGCAAGUGAAAAUCAUCCCGCUCCAAAUGCAGAGAAAAUUAAAGUUCCUCCACAAGGAGAUACAAGCGCUGAACUGACUGCUGUUCCAGCUGCUCAAAUGUUAGCAAAUGGAAUAACCAAAGAGAAGAAGAAAACGACGACUACGAAAAAGAAGGGAUUUAGUUUAUGUGGACUCAACUGCAUGGGUGGAAAGAAGAAGGGUGUGGAUGUGGGGAUCGAUGAUAGCCUACAACCAAAUUACCGUCCCGUUGAUUUAGCCCAACCUCCACCACAGGCAACUCAAUCUCAGACUGAGCUUAUUCCUACGUCUUCACCAGCAAUUGAACCCUCUUCGCAGAAGACCGUUAAAGCUAAGGUGGAAUCCACUACUGUGCUUGUAGACAGACAUUCCUCUUCUGGAUCAAACAAUGAAGGGAAUGCUGUGGUAGUUGAAAAAGCUCCUCAUGUCUCGUCAUCUACUUAUUCGGAAACACUUAGUCAAAACUGUGGAACAGUUGAACCCGUAAAAACCUCUGUUGGCACUUUUACUUUAUCUGCUUCUCCGCCAAACUUUUCCAAUCAUGUCAACUCCACACAUGAUCCUAAAAGGCUGACGAAUGGAGGAAAUGCAGAGGUCGUUGAUGGUACAGUCGAGGUAUCAACACAGGAACAAUAUUUGACAUCGAAUUCUAGUGGAGGAAAGGUGACAAUGACUCCUCGAUCAAGUAUUCCACUUCCUCGAAAUCCAGCAAAAGCCAUGAUGGGUACUUUUCAUUCACCGUCUUCAUCCCCAUCUGAGGAAAAUUUGGAAUCUAGGGUGUUAACUGUUACACCCGUCACUCCGGUGAGGAGUCCAGAAAAGCAAAGUAAGCCGGAGAGUGAGACAGAUCCAUCCCAGCUUUUCGCCAAAUUUGGGGCGUCACGCAAUAGAAAUAACUCUUGUGCCAAAGAUGGUUAUUUAUCUUAUUACAAUAUUUGUGCUGUAGAACCACCGGAAAGUGAACGAUCUAAAAAGUCUACAGAUGCCACCUCAGCAAUUGUGCAUUCAUCACUGGGCGCUCCCACUACGCCGAAUGCUAAUCAGAAUGGAUUUUCAGUCUUAUCUUCAUCAGGGUCCAUAACCGCGUCAUCACCUCCAACUCCAACGCCUUCAACACAAACUCGACGUACUUCAGGCCUGGUGGGUCCCAGAGUGGUGGUCAAUAAGCCCGGUAUUAAGAUGUACAAGGGUGGCAAUGCCUCUUCUCUCACUUCCUCCCAAUCUUCUCUUGGAAAGUCGAGCCAAAAUGAAAGGGAGGCUCAAAAUAAUGGAAAUGAUGUUUCUAUGACCUCUACGCCCUUGAUAAUCCAGAACUCAGCCGUCUCGUCUCCAAGUACACCAUUAAGAACCGUUGCACCAGUACUGCCUACUCCAACUGCAUCAUCACCAGCAGCUGUCAGUCCCAAACCAACGUCAAAUAUCCGUCCACCAUCAGUUAUUGUUGAAGGUUUGCCCUCGCCACGAACUCGACUCUCACGGUCCUCCAUUCCAACAAGCAAUUCGAGACAUGACAGUGCCAAUAGUUCUUCCACAAAUCUUGUCUCCACACCUCGCUCAAUCCCCACUCCCACAACUGGCAUCAGAAUGCCCUCGCGUCUGCCUCGACAAACGGCCGCCAAGGUGAUUUAA